AUGGAAUUGGGUCACUUCAGUGUGAACGUCACCUAUACUACUCGACAGUUGGUAGUUACCAGAGCAACCAAUAACUGCCAGCUCAUUCCCUUGUCUUAACAUCUGUAACUGCGGGGCAGUCGCUGCUGGGCUGAACCACCAACUUCACCUUUUUUCCUGUUAGUGAGCUGAUGGAGGGAUGUAAGGGAGUGAUGGCAGUCCUGUCUGAGAACCUGCUGACAGUCAGCAUGUUGCUGAGUGUCUUUUUUCUUCCAGGAAUUCAGACUGACUGUCAUUCGACUCACAAGGGUAUCAACAUUACUGCGCCAAAGCAUGUUGUUGCUCUGAGUGGAUCCUGUUUGCUAAUUCCAUGUAGCUUCACUGAUGACAAGUUAAUGAAGUUUGACAGCAGAAGAAAAACAUUUGGAAUCUGGGUAAAAAAAUCAAUCUUCAUUGUCACUUUUCCACGGAAUGUAGUUUACAACAGCAGUUGGUCAGGAAGCAAAUCUGGAAUCAACAUAAUUGGAAGUCUAAGUGAGAGAAACUGCACAACUGUGUUUUCUAAAAUGAUGCAACAACAUGGCGGUAAAUACUUCUUCAGAGUUGAAAGCGGGCCGUUCAGAUCAUUUGCUACCUGUGAUCCUGUUCAAGUGACAAUUAAAGAUUCCGCUUGGAGCCCCAGGGUUGAAAUCUCAGGUGAAAUGAAGGAGAAGAACUCUGUCACCGUAACGUGCUCAGCUCCCACUCCCUGUCCACAAUCACCUCCUGGACUCACCUUGAACCUCCAACCAAACCCUCUCAGACAGAUGGAGAGGAACACAGAUGGAACGUUUACAACUACAAUCCAGCAGAACGUCACUCUGUCAGAGAUCCACGACGGAUACAACAUCACCUGCUUUGCCAGAUAUCCUAUGAAUGGAUGGGAACCCAAGACAGCAAAUACAGAUGUGACUCUCAGUGUUUCCUAUUCUCCAAAGAACACCUCAGUAUCCAUCACUCUAAUAAAAGGUAGAUGGGUGGAGAUGCAUUGCUCCAGCAGAGCCAAUCCUCCAGUCAGCACCUUCACCUGGUUCGAGAAAACCUCAAUUGGAGCCAUGAAAGUAGCUGAAGGAGAACAUUAUGGACUCCAUGUCACUGAGAAGGGAACUUAUUACUGUGUGGCCACGAAUGAUGUUGGUAGUCAGGCAUCUCCAGAGAUUCAUCUGGGUCUUCCAGCAAUGGCGGUUGAGCUCGCGCAUGAAGUUCUUGGAAGAAAAGGAAUUGAGAGUGCUGAAGUUCAAAUUCCAAUUCUGACAGUAUUAGGGAUUGUGAUGCUUGUCUGCGUGCUCAAAAUCAUCCUUUGGCUUCACAGGAAGAGACCCUAUACUCCAUAACGGCUCGGUGGAGGUGUAGUUCCAAACUGUUCUCAUGACAGAAAAUCUUCCCAAACAAACAAUACUCCACUUACUGACUAACUGGGCCUUGGAUUGUGAGUCGGUUCCACUGAGGGAGCUGUUUAACAUGAGGAUCUAAACUUCUUGAUAAAACAGCUUCCUCCGUGCACAGCGGCAGACAGACAGGAGACGACGUACACACAGAUCUCCAGAUCUCUAAGAAAAAGCAGCUCAGCAGAGUCUGACUGCCCAGAGGUCAUCAACACACAAGGGAAUAAAUAUUGUCCUCUUUUGGAUAAAGACA